CACGAGGCCUGUCUGUAAACGCGGAAGAAGAGACAAAAACAACAGCAGCCCUGGCUGGGCGAAGUUAGUCCAGAGAACAGAAACACAGACAUUUAACAGUUCAGCGCGUUUAAAACCCUAGAUAUUGUUUCCACAGACUCCCAGGAUGUCGUUGUUCGGUAAACUGUUCGGGAGCGGCGGUAAAGGAGGAAAGGCGCCGACUCCCCAGGAGGCGAUCCAGAAACUCCGGGAGACGGAGGAGAUGCUGGCCAAAAAACAGGACUUCCUGGAGAAGAAGAUCGACCAGGAGCUGCUGACGGCCAAGAAGAACGGCACGAAGAACAAACGAGCGGCGCUACAGGCCCUGAAGAGAAAAAAGCGCUACGAGAAGCAGCUGGCUCAGAUUGACGGCACGUUGUCUACCAUCGAGUUCCAGAGGGAGGCUUUGGAGAACGCCAACACAAACACAGAAGUGCUCAAGAACAUGGGCUUUGCUGCCAAGGCUAUGAAGGCUGCACACGAAAACAUGGAUAUCGAUAAAGUAGAUGACCUGAUGGCCGACAUCACGGAACAACAGGAAGUGGCUCAAGAAAUCUGCGACGUCAUCUCCAAACCGAUCGGCUUCGGCGAAGAGUUUGACGAGGAUGAGCUGAUGACGGAGCUGGAGGAGCUGGAGCAGGAAGAGCUGGACAGAAAUCUCUUGGAAAUCGAAGGAACAGAAGAUGUUACUCUCCCCAGCGUGCCAUCGACGUCGCUUCCAUCCAGACCAGCCGCCAAGAAGGAGGAAGAGGAAGACGACAUGGCGGACCUGGAGGCCUGGGCGGCAAACUGAGCUGCCGGUUCUCUCCUGUCGGUCCACGCUGGCUCCAGGCUUGUGGAGGAGAGACAGGGACUCUGCUGCUCGCUCUUAAAGCCUUCACCCCCAUGUUUAACCAGACCCCAAACCUCUAGUAUGCACUUGUGCACACGUAUGCUGACUCAGCUGGAAUCAACCCGGGCUAUAAUCUUCUGAUUUUAAUGUUACAGAACGAAUUUCUUUGCUCUCGCUGUGCACUCCUUUUCUUUCUCUAGGGCAAAGAGUGGAAGAAAAAGUCACUCCAAAGAGCCCGUGGUUGUAUUUGGUUAAAAUCCUUUGUACGAAAAGCAUGAAUGAGCGCGUGGGUGCAUACUGCCAGGGAUGGGUGUGUGGAGGAACAGGACGAGGCUCGUCUCGGGGAGAAUGUCAAGCACCAACACGUGAGCGCGGGAAAAAACAAAAAACAAAGAAAAAGAACCAGAGGAGGGAGCGAGAGCCGUGUUUCUGCUUCCUGCAACUCUCCGCCACCACAACAACGACCCAUCACUGCUCAAUCCCAAAGCAGCAAAAGAUUAUAUACUGUAGGAUUUUCUUUCAUUGAAAAGUUACUGUCAAAUUAUCAGACGAGGACGUGCUGUUGUAUAAAGAUCCAGGGUUUCAUCCUUCUGUCAAGCAUUUUGUUCAAUCUGUCGGAAAACGUUGAGAAGAAAACGGGGAAUGUGGAAUUUACAUAAAAAUACAGAACUACCGUAUUGGCCCGAAUAUAAGACGAACCUGAUUAUAAGACAAUCCCCUCUUUUUCAAGUUUUCAAGUUUGAAAAAAGACUUUUUGAACACCAAAUUCCAUUUUAUACAGAAAAUAAUUACAGUACAUCCUUUACACCAUAUUUCACAGCCGCUUUGCAAUUGUUUCACCAUCUGUGAUGGCCACGCGCCGCACCGACAUCAUAAUUUCUCCCCAGCUGCCGGUUCACCUGCCGAUCUUCCACCCACUUUUCUCCAGAUUGUCGCAACGUUUCUCCAUUUUCUGUUAUCUCUUCUCUUGUUUUCUUCUCUUUUCUUUCUCCGCUAUUUUUUAUUUUUCUUCUUCGUGACAGGGGGUCGCUUUAAAGAUAUCUGGCGCCAUCUAGCGUUGUGAAUGUACGGUGGCCGAGACCCGCCAUUGCUGAAAAUAAAAGUAACGCUGCAAACAGAAAAAAACGCUGCUGCAAAUAAAAUAAACGCUUAGCAAAUAAAAGAAAUGCUGCAAACAAAAAGAAACGCCGCUCCAAAUAAAAGAAACGAUGCAAAUAAAAUAAAAAAACGACACAAAUAAAUAAGCCACAACGGAAGUGAAUUACCGGGGACUAUUUUUGUCGAUGCACCGGUGUUGCACAUUAAAAAUGACACAUAGCGACGUUGAAAACUAACCUUUUCAUUUAUUUUCUCGUUCGUUCUUCUUCUUAUUCCUCGCUCUCCUUAUUUCUUCCUUUUCACUUACGUCCUCUUCGUCGUCUUCUUCUCCUCUCACGUAAAAAACACCGGUGCAUCAGCAAAAAUAGUCCCCGGUAAUUCACUUCUGUUGUGGCUUUUGUUUUGUGGCUUUUUAUUUGCGUAGUUUUUUUUUUUAUUUGCAGCUGCGUUUGUUUUUAUUUUCAGCGUUUAUUUUAUUUGCAAAGCGUUUAUUUUAUUUGCAGCGGCGUUUCUUUUUAUUUGCAGCGUUUCUUUAAUUUUCCGCAUUGUCUAGACCCCGAAUGUAAGACGACCCCCUACUUUUUCAGUCUUAUUUUAAUGCAAAAAAACACUGUCUUAUAUUCGGGCCAAUACGGUUUUAUUGUGACAUGAUUAACUUCUGCAAAAAAAAAAUGGUUAUAAUUUCCCUUUUGUUAUCCCUCCAAGGCAUCAGGUGAUCCCUGAAAUAUCUCCAUGGCUCCCGUUUAAAGUCCUGAACUUUCCCCUUUUUUUUUUUUUUAGAGCGCCGAUCACUUUUAUUUGAAGUUUGGAUGUAAACCUACGUUUCAUCCGUUGACAAUCGGGCGGGAAGAGCGAGCUGAAACCUGCGGGGCUGCAGGUGGCUGUCGUGGUUAAGUGGCUCUCAGAUAGGAAUGGCUGCUCCUCCCUCCCCCAGAGCGCUCCCUUAAUACCCAUUAGAAACGAUACACGUCCCUCACGGGUGUUGCCGUUGAGAGACGCGGGUUAGGUUGUGUCACGUAGCGAAUGAGGUGCUAAAACCCUGGUCUCUGCUGCUUCCCCAUCGGCCACGACCACACUAUUUUCCUGAUCCUCUCCGGCUUGUGUGGCGUGGAGCGGCGGCCCGUCCCUGCGCUGCCCAGUCGCUCGCUCCCAUUCGUGCGUUAACCCGUCAUCGAGGAGGGUCCGUGGACUUCGCGGCCAUCCGUUUUUUGUUUUGAAAUGACACAAUAAAAAUAGAGAAAUAAUCCAAAAUAAUCCCGGUUUUUGUUUUGAUAAUAAAAAACGAAAAAUUAUGCAUUAUCCGUUAUCCUGCUGUCUUUCAGUGUGGUAGGGUUGAUGAACUCUUCUCAACAUCUUACCUACUCUGCCCUCAGAUGCUUUUACUCCUUUUGUGGACAGAUAUCCAGUCAUGAUUUUUCGGCAUUUUUUUUUUGGGUGGGGGGCAGUAUGUUAGAGUUCAGUACAUGUUAUUGAUUGGAUGCUGCUUUUUUUUGGACGCUGCAGCUGAACGGACUGUCACAACAUCACUGCAGUUUCGUGACGGAUUGAAGACAGAUUACAGAUUAAACUCAUGUUUCACUCCCAGGUUUCACAUUUGAUUUAUUUUCUGUUUCAACAUUAAAAAAAUCUAAAACUGUUAAUUUUCAAUCUGAUCAAAGAAGAAAAGAACCAGAAACAACUUUCAUCAUUUAUUAGAUUUUCAAACACAUCAAUGAAAUAGGAUAACGGAUAAUGGAUAACGAUCCGUUUUCCGUUUUUUAUUAUCAAAAAAAAAAGGGGGAAACUGAUUAUUUUGGAUUAUUUCUCUAUUUUUAUUGUCAUUUCAAAACAAAAAACGGAUGUCCGCGAAGUACACGGACCGAGGAGGCUGAAGUUGAGAUGACUCGUGCCUGAAACCUGCAUCCCGCCUGUAGCAUAGCAGUGGCGAGAUGGGAGAGAAUCCUACACGACGUGUGUGUGUGAGUGUGUGUGUUUCUGCCUUUUGAAGAAGUAGCUGCUUGUCCAAAUUUAUUCAGCCUGAGAUGGGAAGUUUCUGCAAAUGCAUUUGACUCUAUGAUUGCGUGAGGAGCUGUGGAUGUAUUUAUUCCUCGUUGGUCUUCCUGAUUAAGAUCCCGGUGUGCCGGAGCUCGUCCGACGCACCAAACAGUUGUCCACUUGAAUUUUCACAUGACUUUAAAAGAAGAAGAAGCAAGCAAAUGUAAAACUUCACCCCAAUCCAGAAAAAAAAAAAAACAUUAUAUUGUUUCUUACUUUUUCUAUAUACCUCAGAUAUCAUUCAUGCUCUUUCUGCCUGUACAGAAAUACAUUGUAAGGGUUGGACGCUGGUUAUUCUCCAUGUUGUAGCCAUCUGACUGUUGCUGAUGUGGGGUUAUCUAAAUAAAACUGGGAUUCAGUACAA